GCGGAGUGAGGCUGCGCUCCUCCGUGCUCGUGCUUCGCUAACUGGCCCGCUCGCUAGUGAUCGUCUUGGCACUCAAUGAAGGGAUCUUGGCUUGUGCGUUCUCAUGGACACUUCAAGUGAGUUGUUCGUCGGAUAAGGCCAUCGCAGAAGAGGAGGAGAAGGGAAAAUGACGAGGGUGUUAUCGACUAGUUUGGCCACAGUGUUAGCGGCGGUGACCCUGCUCGCGCACUCUAGCCAUGCCAAAGGAUCUUCGGCCAACACCGGUCGGGGAAUUCUCCUGGAAAGCGGUCUGGACGGCAAAGGUCGGGGAAUUCUCCUGGACAGCGGUCUGGACGGCCUGGCGGGAAAAGAGUCCAUCGAGGAGCUGGACCUCCUGCAGGGCAUCGCCGUGCCCUUCGGCGACCCCACCACCCAGUACUUCGUCACGGGCUUCGACGGCUUCCCGGCUUUCGGCUUCAAGGCUGGCGCCAGCAUCAAGCAUCCCUACCGACUCUUCCUGCCGGAGAGACUCUACAGGCAGUUCUCGAUCCUCGUUGCCGUGAAGCCCGACACCGCAGAGCCGAUGUUCCUGUUUGCCGUCGUCAAUCCCCUCGAGAACCUGAUCCAACUCGGGGUCUCCAUCACGCCGGGCAACGCGGGAUCAACCAACAUCUCCCUUUACUACACGGACGGCGAGCGGCACAUGACCUCGCAGACGAUCGCUUCCUUCCUGGUGCCGCAGUUCACCGGCAUCUGGACCAGGUUCGCCUUCAAGGUAACGGAGGACGAGAUCCACCUGUGGUUCAACUGCCAGCUGUCCAACAUGCUCCUGGUCAAGAGGAUUCCGCUGCAGCUGGUGUUCGACUCGGCCUCCACGCUCUACAUCGGCCAGGCAGGCGGCAUCUUCAAGGGCGAGUUCGAGCUGCCUUUAUUAAUAUGGUCGAAAACAGCAUGGACGCCGUUGCUGUGCCGCCGGUCAGGCCAUGCAAAUGCUGAUGCAGAUUCCGUGGUGUGGGUACAACUAUGA